AUGGAGGGACGAAAACAUUACUAUUCAGUAUCAGAGAAAGAGAGGAAAGUGACCGAACGGCAAGCACAGCCCACAGGCCAGGCCAGAGAGUGUAAGAACAGAAUAUGUAGACUCUUCCCCGGUGAAGCACUGCCGAGAAUUGUGCAUGAUGUCCCCAUAGCACAGAGAAGACAGCAGGUAAAAAAGAGGGAACAGGUGCAAAUCAAAGAGCACCAGGAACGCAUGCUUCGAGGGAGGGAACUCAUAGACCAAAGACUCAAAGAACAACUCCUAAGGAAGGGCCAGAGCCAGCUACCUUCACUUGAGAAGUUCCAUCAAGUGAAAAAGGAGCUGAAGGACUGUGAAGGGGCUAACGCACACCCUCUUCUGCAGCUACGCACUAAAAGCCUAAUUAAGUUGGAGAGUCUUUUGGAGAAGUCUCAGGCAGGAGAUGAAGGGAAAACAGCUACAAAGCCUAAUCAAAAGAAAUGCAUGGCCCUGCCACCGUUUUUGAGAAGUCAUGCACGAAAAAUCAAAGAUCAGUAA